AUGUAUUUCUUCAACCAUUUCCGAAAUAAAGAAAGAAGUCUUUAUGACGCCCUGGAACAUGAAGACCGCCAAACGGACGCCACCACGAAAAAGACCAAAGGUCUUUGUAGUAGUACAGCUUUGCCUUGGGGGUUAAGCGCUUUCCUUCUUGUCGCACUGAUUUUUGUUGCUGUGAGAACAGAGACUAUCGACAAAGUGUCUGAGCUGGGGACUUAUGAGUUUGGUUUUGUGACAGACAUAGAACCAGCGCGUGCGGCAAUAUCCCUGAAGCGAAAAAAGUUUUACGGAGGAGUCAACAUCGAUAAGCACGGAUCAUACUCAAUUACCAAAGAUCCUAAUAGCACAGACUUUUUUGCGCCCCUAAGUCCAAAGCUUGAUGCUGCAUGGAGGGAAGAGAUGCUGCUAAACGGCACACACGGGUUUUCAAAGUUAACGCCAGACGAAAUAAGGAAUUCUGGUAUCCAAGUCCUGGAUGAAGACCUCAGACAUGGACACUAUGAAAUACAAAAAUCGCUUGCCAGAGAUUACUACACGGAUAUCACUGAUGAGCCUGAGAGACCAUAUCAUAUGAGCCAUCGAAUGCAUCUUGACCACUGCCUGGAAAACAUUCGACAGCAUCUGACGUGUAGCUUCGAUUUAACCUGGACGCUUCUCGCCUGGAGACCAGAAGCCAAGGUAGCCCAUGCAGCUACCGAUCAAUGGCACGUAUGCAGGAAUUUCGAUGCCAUGAUGAGCUGGAUGGCCAACAGGGUCUAG